AUGAGUAAUUAAACUAGAUAAUUAAGCAAAGAGCUCAAUUCCUCUCACUAAAUACAUCGUAGAUAUUCUACAAAUGGAGUAAAUCACUAAGAUGUUUGCAAAAUUUAAGAUAAAUAUUCAAAAUAGUUAAAUCACCUUUUACACAUCAAAUAUUAGAAUAUGCUUUAACUUUUCAAAAAGAAAUAAUAUAUUCGAUCCAAUAUUAAGUAAAAUGAUAAGACUUUUGAACAUGUAGUAACAAACUAAUUCACAAAAACACAAUCUCAGUUUGCUCCUUUGAAAAAGAAGUUCAAUGGAAAGGAGUGGCACAAAUACAAUCAUGAGAGAUGUAGAUUUCUAAGUCGAUAAGGAAGUAUUGAAAAAUUAGAAACUAAUCGAAAUUAAAAUAUUUAACCUUGCAUGUUAAUAUCAUAGGCCAAUAGAUAACAGAGAUCUGUUUCUUAAAUGAAUAAUAAUCGAGCUGAAUUAAAUAAGAUUUUAAAUAACAACAAGUGGAAAAUUGUUAGAAGUAAUUCAUAAUAUAAAGAAAAUCUUAUUAUAAUUUUAAUUGAUGAAAGUUAACACAAUUAAAAACAAAACAGAAUUGUUUAGGUUGUGUGA